CCUCCCAACCCCUCCUUUUACCGCAAUACGCAUGCGCAGCAAGUCUUCCUCGUGCUUCUUGAAUCUAUUUGAUAACAUUAGUGACAAUGCCGUUGGCCAAGGACCUGCUUCAUCCUUCUCCUGAAGAGGAAAAAAGAAAACACAAACUGAAGCGUCUUGUGCAAAGCCCUAAUAGUUUUUUUAUGGAUGUAAAGUGUCCAGGGUGUUACAAGAUUACAACUGUGUUCAGUCAUGCACAGACUGUUGUACUUUGUGCAAAUUGUAGAAAUGUCCUCUGCCAACCUACUGGAGGAAAGGCAAGACUAACAGAAGGAUGUUCCUUUAGAAGAAAACCUCAUUAAAAGAUGACUGAAUAAUUGACAUGUUCAAUUUUGAAUAAUUUAAUAGUAAAAGUUUAUUACUGAUAAAGUUAUUAUGCUUUGUCGUGAUUCUA